AACGCCGGCCGGGUUCCCGCUGCUCCCGGCUCUGGGCUCAGUUUGCCGCGGCAGCCGGAGGGGCAGGAGCUGCGUGAGACAGGAGCAUCCCUUCCCUGCAUCCCAUCCCUGCAUCCCAGCGUGGCUCAGGGCUGCAUCCAAGAGCCGAGCCAAGCUCCAGGAGCCUCCUGAGCGGCCGCACCAGCCCUGCCCGGCCCCUCCGCAGGGCACAGAGCGCUCGGCAGCGAUCAGCAUCGAUCCCCAGCGAUCAGCAUCGAUCAGCAGCGAUCAGCAGUGAUCAGCAUCGAUCAGCAGCAAUCCCCAGCGAUCGGCAGUGAUCAGCAGCGAUCCCCAGCGAUCAGCAUCGAUCAGCAGCGAUCAGCAGUGAUCAGCAUCGAUUGGCAGCAAUCCCCAGCGAUCGGCAGUGAUCAGCAGCGAUCCCCAGCGCCGUUCCGGGGCCAUGGUGCCCUUGGGCAGCCCCGCUCUCGCCGUGUGCCCCUCCAGCAACCUGCGCCUCAUGGGCCGCGGCUCCCCCCUGGCCUGGCUGAACCGGGGCCCCGAGUGCCCGCAGGGCCCGGGGGGCAGCGGGGGCCGCAGAGCCAGCGCCGUGGAGCGCCUGGAGGCCGACAAGGCCAAGUACGUGAAGUCGCAGCAGGUGAUCAGCCGGCGGCAGGAGCCGGCGCUGCGGGGCUCGCCGCGGCUGUCCCCGCACGGGCGGCGCCGGCUGGCCCGGCAGCAGUGCGGAGAGCUGGGCCCGGGCUCGGAGGGGCCGUGCCCCCAGUCCCCCGUGUCCCGCCGCGGCGGCAGCCGCCGCCUGCUGAGGCCCGACUCGCUCAUCAUCUACCGGCAGAAGCGGGACUGCCUGGGCGGCGACAAGGAGAACGCCAAGGGCUCCGGGCUGGUGCGGCGCCUCUUCCAGGGACCCCUCAGAGCCGCCCCGCCCGGCUCGCCCCCCGCCGGGCCGCUGGGCUCGGGAGCCCCCCAGAGCCCCGAGACCCCCAUGCUGUGGGCGCCUGCCGAGAGGGAGGAGGCGCGGACAGCGGGAGGGGACAGCGGCGGUGACGGCGGCGGCAUCCUCGCCGUGCCCGCGGAGCAGCCGCCCGGUGUCGCCGGGAAGGAGCCGCUGGCUCUGCGCGUGUCGCUGCCGCUGUCGGAGCAGGAGCGAUUCUUCAACUACUGCGGGCUGGACCGGGCGCUGGUGGAGCUGCUGGGCCGGGAGCGCUUCGGGCCCGCGGGCUGGGACAGCGGCUCGGCCCGGGCCGGCUCCUGCGAGUCCGAGCCCGGGCGGGCCUCGGGGGGCAGCGAGGGGGACGCGGGGCCCGGCGAGGAGGAGCCGGACGCCCGGCAGGGCUCGGCCGUCUCGGUGGUGGAGCGCAACGCCCGGGUCAUCAAGUGGCUCUACGGCUGCCAGAGAGCCUGGGCGGCUGCCAAGGAGUCCACGGUGUGAGCGGGGACAGCCCGGCCGGGACCGCGACACCCGCGGGGCUCGCCCUGGCGGGAUGUGGCACCCGCGGUGGCCCCGGUGCCGUGGGGAUGCUGCGGGCCGGGAGAGCCGCCAGCUCCUCGGGCUGAGCGUGGUGGGGACACCUGAGGGCAGGUGAGGAAGGGCCAGCCCCGGGUGAGUCAGGGCUGGCAGGGUGCUGUCCCCCUGCUGUCCCCCUGUCCCCAGCCCAGGAGGGUGGCACGGGCCCGCAGCCCCCUGUCGUGGGCAGUACCACCCCUCAGCCCCCUCCUCCCCACAACAGGGGCUGCUGGGGCCACAGCUGCCCCCAAUAAAUCUGUUUGGGGUUUUUUCCUAGCCUGGCGUGUGCGUGGCUGUGGGGGGAUGCCCCAGGGCCGGGGGGCAGCUCUCUCUCCCCACCCUCGGGGUUGGGCUGCUCCGGGGGCCGCGGGGCUGUUGGGGGGCGAGGGCAAGGAAAGCAGAGCUCAGGGAAAAGGGAAGCUUUUGGGGUCUUCAGCGCAGCUGUGACCCCCAAACGCAGGGCAGAGCCCUCGGGCACGGGUGGGGCGCUGCCCACCAGCAGUGAGGGGCCGCAAAUAACUUCUGGCGAGUCCGGCCGCU